AUGUGGAUCCCGAUCCAUAUUUUCUUUUUCGUCGUAUCCAGUGUAAUAUCGCAGAAAACAUCCAAACGUUCGUUCUUUUUUUUUAUAAACUUGUGUUGUUUAGAGGUGGUUGUGACAUCAUCAGAUGAGAAGAGACGGGAUCCGGAGGGCUUUGCGGCCAUAAGAGAGCUCCAUUCGCUCCUAGAUGAUGAUAAAUCUGGAUCUAUUGACCGGUCGGAGUCGGCCGAUGUAUGUUUUGCAUUCUAUUUGAUAUUAGUUAAAGUUUUAGUUCUUAAAAGAGGAUUUAAAAGUCAUGGGGACAGACAAGACCGUUAGAGAGAACGCUUUCCACCACAAAACUGAUGAAUCAGUUACUGUAGAUGAUCUUUGGGACAGCUGGUUUGAUUCCCCCGAACGAGAAUGGACUACCUCUGAGAUGGUCAGCUGGCUUACAAAUGUAGUUAGGCUUCCACAAUAUGCAGAACACUUUGUCAAUGCAAAGCUUACUGGAAUAGCAUUCCCCAGGUUGGUUUUUCAGAAAUAUUACCUGACUGUUUUUUUAAUUAAGGAUGGCGGUUCCAAACAACUCGUACAUUGUCGAAGUUCUUAAAAUAAAGAAUUCUGUUCACCGUCAAAAGCUACAAUUAAAGGCUUUGGAUGUCGUUCUUUUCGGAGUUCACGACAGCACUUCACUUAAAGAUGUUGCGCUGGCCAUCUUGGCAGCUUCUUUUAUAGUUCUAGCAGUUGUGUUUAUCUCACAUCGCAACAAAUCUCACAAACAACUCGAAGAGUUGUCCACCCAGCUGAGUGAAUUGAACACUAUGGAAAGAAAUUUUGGAGCGGAAAACAACGAAGAUUUGGAGCAGGUAACAAGAAAAGGAUGUGUGAUUUUUUCCUUUAUAGUUACAAUCAAAACUUCGAGAAAUGGAGCAGCAAUUGGACGCACGAUCCAACUAUGAUCCUUCUUCCGUUCUUAGCGAUCUCCAACCGCUUUUAAGGAUAACAUACGAAAAGGAAUUGUGUUAUAUUCAUUUCACCAAGGCGCGGUGUCUGGAAGAAAUGAAGGAAGCGCGGGAAUACGUCGACAAACUGAGAAAGAAACAGACGAACUUAUUCAAUUCGAUUAAACUGGCAACCGGAGCAACGAGUGGGACCGAUUCUAUCGACUUUAAAAUUUUCAAAUUAAAGUAAGCCAUCUCAAAGAAAAAAUUACCGUUCAGGGAGCGAAUGGAGAAGAUCCGAACUGAUUUCACCGAGCUUCAUAAUCGAUAUGCUCAAAUGGAGAAUAUAAUGGGCAUGCAGAUAAUGGGACCCACAGGUAUACAAAAAUUCAACAACUAUUUCGUUUUUUAGAUAGUCCGUAUGAGCACCCGGCAAUGACGACCAACGCUUCUUCUUCAUAUCUACCGUCAUUGAUAAGUCAAGGUUGUUUUUUUAUAGUUGAGGAUUCGCCGUCCCCUGUUUCUUCUUCUUCUGGCGAGGAUAUUUGAAUUCUUUCUCUAAAUCCGUACAUUCCAGGAUCCUUUUGA